GGGGAGGGCGGCGUCAUGGGGUCGCGGAGGGCCCCCAGCCGAGGCUGGGGCGCGGGCGGGCGGUCGGGGUCCGCGGGCGACGGCGAGGACGACGGCCCGGUGUGGAUCCCCAGCCCGGCCAGCCGCAGCUACCUGCUCAGCGUGCGACCCGAGACCAGCUUAUCAAGCAGCCGGUUGCCUCACCCCAGCGCUGGAAGGAGCACCUUCUGCUCCAUCAUUGCUCAGCUCACAGAGGAGACCCAGCCGCUGUUCGAGACCACACUCAAGUCCCGGGCUGUGUCCGAGGACAGUGACGUCAGGUUCACCUGCAUUGUCACAGGAUACCCAGAGCCAGAGGUGACCUGGUACAAGGAUGAUACAGAGCUGGACCGCUACUGUGGCUUGCCAAAAUAUGAGAUCACUCAUCAGGGCAACCGCCACACACUGCAGCUGUACAGGUGUCGAGAAGAAGAUGCCGCCAUCUACCAGGCCUCCGCCCGGAACAGCAAAGGCAUCGUGUCCUGCUCAGGGGUCCUGGAGGUGGGCACCAUGACCGAGUACAAGCUCCACCAGCGCUGGUUCGCCAAGCUGAAGCGCAAGGCUGCCGCGAAGCUGCGCGAGAUCGAGCAGAGCUGGAAGCAGGAGGCGGCGCCGGCGGAGGCCGACACGCUGCGCAAGCUCAGCCCCGACCGCUUCCAGCGCAAGCGCCGGCUGAGCGGGGCCGAGGCGCCAGGCCCCUCCGGCCCUGCCAGGGAGCCCGAGGGUGGGGCCCCGGCGGCUUGGCAGGAGGGAGAGACUGAGUCAGCUCAGCACUCAGGUUUGGGCCUGAUCAACAGUUUUGCCCCUGGCGAGGUGACCACCAACGGGGAGGCUGCCCCCGAGAAUGGGGAGGACGGGGAGCGCGGCUUGCUGACAUACAUCUGUGACGCCAUGGAGCUGGGGCCUCCGAGGGCCCUCAAAGAGGAGAGUGGGGCCAAGAAGAAAAAGAAAGAUGAGGAAUCCAAGCAGGGCCUGAAGAAGCCAGAGUUAGAGAAGGCAGCCCGAAGCCGCCGUUCUUCGGAAAACGGCAUCCCCAACUCCGACGAGCCUGACUCCUGCGGAACUCGGGGGCCCGUGGGCGUGGAGCAGGUUCAGACCCAGCCCAGAGGCAGGGCUGCACGGGGGCCUGGGUCCUCUGCCACAGAUGGCACCAGGAAGCCAGCCUCUGCUGGGGACACUCCAGACAAGGCCCAGAAGGCCCCGACCCCGGCCCCUGGCCCAGGCCCAGGCCAGGAAGUGUAUUUCUCCUUGAAGGACAUGUACCUGGAGAACGCCCAGGCAGUCAGGCCUCUGGGGGAACAGGGCCCCCAGCCCCUGAGUGUCCAGGCGCCUGGAGAGAGUCCCAAGGGGACAGCGCCCAUUAGGGCUAGAGGCGAGGGGGUGCCUGCGGCUCCUGGCCAGCCCACACCCUCCUUGGCCCCCCAGCCGACCAGGCCUUUCAACAGAAAGAGAUUUGCCCCUCCAAAGCCCAAAGGGGAGGCCACCACAGACAGCAAGCCCAUUUCUUCUAUGAGUCAAGCUCCAGAAUGUGGGGCCCAGAGCUUAGGGAACGCCUCACCUCAGGCCUCUGUCCAGGUGCCGACGCCCCCUGCCCGGCGGAAACAUGGCACCCGGGACAGCCCCUUGCAGGGACGAGCAGGCCACAGGACUCCAGGAGAGAUCCUGGAGUCCCAGACAACCACGGCUCCUACUGUGUCGGCCAGCAGCAGCUCUGAUGGAGCUUCCAUCGGUUGUAGCACCUCUGGAAGUCAGGGUAUCAUUGAGCCCAUGGAUAUGGAAACCCAGGAGGAUGGGAGAACAUCUGCUAACCAGAGAACUGGAAGCAAGAAGAAUGUGCAGGCAGAUGGGAAGAUGCAGGUGGAUGGAAGGACCGGGGGAGAUGGAACACAGACAGCCCACCGGACACGGGAAGACAGGAAGACGCAAGUGGACCCUGGGAUACAAGAAAGCGAGAGGCCACAGUCAGACAGAACUUCACAGAAGGGCGAGGUGACACAGGGAAGAGCAGAGACACAGCUGGAAGCAACACUGGCAGGUAGGAAGAUACAGCAAGACAGGAAGUCCCAGGCAGAUGAGGGCACGCAGGAAGACAGAAGGAUACGGGAAGAGAAGGGGACGCAGUCACAGGGGAGCGCGCCCGCGGCCACAGCAGGUCCGUCAGAGCAGGAGGCGGUGACCAGCCUUGGCCCACCGUCCAGCGCCCACAAACUCCCACCUACAGAGGGACCCAGAGCUCCUCCGAUUGUUGAAUGUUUUGCGCAGACCCCAGAAGGGCCUUGUGUCCCAGAAACCCCUGGUUUCCUGCCCGGAUCUGAGGAGGCAGCAGUAACAGCCUCUAGGAACCACCAGCAAAGCGUGCUGGGUCCCCUGUCAGGGAAGCUCAGGCUCCCAGCACAGCUGCCCCUCGAGGGGAGUGUGGAGCAGGUGGGAGGAGAGAGAGGCCGGGGGCCACAGUCGUCAGGCCCAGUCGAGGCCAAGCAGAAGGGCAGCCUGUUCCAGAGCUCCCAGGAGGAGCAACCGGGGGGACUGCUGUGUGUGGCUCGCGGUGGCUGUCCUCCAGCUGGCCUGAGCCAGGAGGUGCCCACAAUACCUUCUCUUCCUGGAACUGGGCUGACUGCUAGUCCAAAGGAGGGGACGAGCAGCACCCCAACUUCUCCGCACGGGAGCACAGCUGCCUUCCUGCCCUCUGAGGACCAGACCCUGGUGAGUUCUGCCCCAACACUGCACCUGGGGCUGGAGACCCCCAGUCAGAGUCACCCACCAGAGACCAUGGCCACCAGCAAUGAGGGGGCCUGCGCCCAGGUACCAGAUGUGGAGGGGCGGACCCCACGUCCCCGGAGCUGUGACCCUGGUCUCAUCGAUUCCUUGAAGAACUACCUGCUUCUGCUGCUGAAGCUGUCCAGCACAGAGACGAGCGGAGCAGGGGCAGAGUCCCAGGUGGGGGCGGCCGCCGGAGGUCUGGCGCCCUCAGCCACUCUGACCCCCACUGUGGAAGUGGCUGGGCUGAGUCCCCGGACUUCGAGGCGCAUCCUGGAGCGUGUGGAGAACAACCACCUGGUACAGAGUGCACAGACCCUGCUGCUGAGCCCCUGCACCUCCCGUCGCCUCACUGGCCUCCUGGACCGUGAGGUGCAGGCUGGCCGCGAGGCCCUUGCUGCUGCCCGGGGCUCCUGGGGUCCUGGUCCCAGCCCCCUCACUGUCCCUGCCAUUGUGGUAGAUGAGGAGAGCCCUGGGCUAGCCUCAGAAGGAUCCAAUGAGGGUAAAGGAGAGGUUUCCCUUGAGGGGCCUGGCCUCCUGGGGGUCUCUCAGGAGAGUGGCAUGGGUGGUCGGCUGGGGGAGGCGGGUGGGCAGGCAGCCCCUGGGCAGGGACCCUCAACAGUCAGCAGAGCCCAGGAACCCUCCCAAGGGGAGAAGGUCCCAGGGGAGGCUCUGACAGGUCUCCCGGCAGCUACACCUGAGGAACUGGCUCUAGGGGCCCGGAGGAAGAGAUUUCUCCCUAAGAUCAGAGCAGCAGGAGACGGGGAGGCAACCACGCCUGAAGAAAGGGAGAGUCCCACGGUUUCCCCCCGGGGGUCCAGGAAAAGCCUAGCGCCUGGGUCCCCGGGGACUCCAGGGCGGGAGAGACGCUCCCCUACGCAGGGCAGAAAGGCGAGCAUGCUGGAGGUGCCUCGGGCAGAGGAAGAGCUGGCCGCAGGAGACCCGGGCCCCAGCCCCAAGGCCAGCGAUCCCGACACAGAGCUGGCGCUGGAUGAAGGCAAGCAGGAGGCACUGGCCAAGCCCAGGAAAGCCAAAGACCUGCUGAAAGCCCCACAGGUUAUCCGGAAGAUUCGAGUGGAGCAGUUUCCUGAUGCCUCCGGUAGCCUGAAGCUCUGGUGCCAGUUUUUCAACAUUCUUAGCGACUCAGUCUUGACAUGGGCCAAGGAUCAGCACCCAGUGGGCGAGGUGGGCAGGAGUGCAGGAGAUGAGGGGCCGGCGGCCUUGGCCAUCGUGCAGGCCUCCCCCGUAGACUGCGGCGUGUAUCGGUGCACCAUCCACAAUGAGCAUGGCUCGGCCUCCACCGACUUCUGCCUCAGCCCUGAGGUGUUGUCAGGAUUCAUCUCCAGAGAAGAAGGUGAAGUUGGAGAAGAGAUUGAGAUGACCCCUAUGGUAUUUGCCAAGGGUCUGGCUGACUCUGGCUGCUGGGGGGACAAGCUCUUUGGGCGACUGGUAAGCGAGGAGCUCCGAGGGGGUGGAUAUGGGUGUGGCCUUCGGAAGGCCUCCCAAGCCAAGGUCAUCUACGGGCUGGAACCCAUCUUCGAGUCGGGCCGCACGUGCAUCAUCAAGGUGUCCAGCCUGCUUGUGUUUGGGCCCAGCAGUGAGACUUCUCUCGUGGGCAGAAACUACGAUGUCACCAUCCAGGGUUGCAAGAUCCAGAACAUGAGUCGGGAGUACUGCAAAAUCUUCGCAGCAGAAGCCCGGGCCGCGCCUGGCUUUGGGGAGGUGCCUGAGAUCAUCCCACUGUAUCUCAUCUACCGGCCUGCAAACAAUAUCCCAUAUGCUACCCUGGAGGAAGACCUGGGCAAGCCCCUGGAGCCUUACUGUUCCCGGGAAUGGGGCGGCGCUGGGGCCCCGACAGUAUCUAGCAGCUCUGAGGCCGUGCAGAAAUGUCAGACCUUCCAGCACUGGCUGUAUCAGUGGACAAACGGCAGCUUCCUUGUCACAGAUUUGGCAGGGGUUGACUGGAAAAUGACUGAUGUGCAGAUUGCUACCAAACUUCGAGGAUACCAGGGCCUCAAAGAAAGCUGCUUCCCCGCCCUGCUGAACCGGUUCGCCUCCUCCCACCAGUGCAACGCCUACUGUGAGCUGCUGGGGCUAACACCCCUCAAGGGCCCUGAGGCAGCCCACCCCCAAGCCAAAGCCAAAGGCUCUAAGAGUCCGUCUGCUGGCAGGAAAGGCUCCCAGCUGAGUCCUCAGCCCCAGAAGAAAGGCCUCCCUAGUCCUCAGGGCACCCGGAAGAGUGCUCCAAGCGCCAAGGCCACCCCUCAAGCCUCAGAGGCAAUCACCGUGCAGUUGUUGGGACAGCCUCCCACUCAAGAAGAGGGCUCCAAGGCCCAGGGCAUGCGGUAGCCUCAACAGGAGGCUGGGGGCCUCCACCCAGCAGCAGACCAACCAGGAAGCAGCUUGAACCGGAUGGAGACUUUCCAAAUACGGAACUAACUGGAGAAGGCGUGUGGAGGAGGCACCACGUGGGGACCUCUCUGAGCAGCCUCUCGUGGAUCAGCUCCUCAUCAGAUGGCUUUGGUGUGUGGCACAUAGCCCACUGGCCUCUUCUGGUGCCACUGUCACCCAGGGUUCCCAGGCCUCAAGCAGGCCCCACCUCCAAGUGCCUGGCGGCCUAGGCCCUCCUUGAAGUUUACACUUUGCCACUGCUGGAGGCUCCCCUGAGUCCUCUGCAUGAGUUCUGCACCCCAAGCCCUUGCCCCAGCCCAAUCCAGCAGCAGAUGUUAUAAUCUGAGUGUGAGGACAUGCAGGCCAGCAUUUACCCCCCUGCCUUUGCCUGGCCCUGAUCUCGCCCCAUCCUCAGGGCUCCAGACUUCCUCUGCCGGUCUGGCCUGGUGACUCUCAGGGUAUCUCCUCCUUCCAACUACUUUGGCUCAUGGAUCGCAGCUUAUCCUGCAACUAACAUGUCCUUGAGCCCAGAUGGGGCUCAGGGCCCUUCCACAGCCUGUCAUGUCCUUGUGCAGUGGCCUUUGAUGAUGUGUGUUCAUGCUCUUCCAGCUCCUUCACUCACUCACCUGCUUCCCAUGCUCCUUUGCACCCCCAGCCACAUCCCUGGCCUGGGGCCCAGCUGCAGCCUGCUACCUGCCCUUCACGACUCUGCACGUGGCCCUUUGCUUGAGAGCUCCCUACCCCCUGCCCACCAAUACCCAGGUGAGGAACAGACCCUCUGGCCUUUUGCUCCACUUCAGUACUGUCUUCCCCAACUCCUCCGGGGCUCUUUGCUCACGAGGUGAGAGCUGGUGUGAGGCUGUGUCAGCAGCUGUAGCCAGAGACAGGUGUUGACUCUGAGAGACCUUGUACUCCAUACUGAAAGGAGGUGGAGUCACAGUUAAUUUCACAUCCCCUCUCAUCCAGGAAUGGAGGGCUAGGUCUCUUCCCCAUGGAAUUACCCCUGGGUGUUCUAGGAGGGAUGCAAUCUAUCUGUGCACUUGGAUGGAGGAGUGUCUCUGUGCCUGGGAAUUAGGGCCCCUGCCCCAACCAUAGUUCUUGAUCCUGGGGCCCCAACUCUGGGCCCUCAUGUAUGGGCUCCCAAGGACCCAGUGGCCUGGGUCCUUCCAGAACAUCCCUCCUGGAGGCCUGGGGCGGGGUAGAUCUGCAGCUAGCCCGCUCCCCUUGGAAUGCAAUAAAGGCAGCAUUGUGUGUCCUGCUUGCCCUCAACUGGUGUGGUUGGAGGUCUGAGGAGUCAGGGUCCCCCUCUCCCAGGCAGGCUCUCUGAGGGCAUCCUGUAGUCCCCAGGCCCACUAGAAAAAUGAAUCUGUAUUUUGGUUCCUGGACUGAAGUUCAGUUGUAGCUUUCUGUGGCCACAGAAAGACAUUCUGUGCCUGCAAAACUGGGCUGCUGGCUUGUGCCCCUUAGCAGGGUGUCUGGGCACUUAUGCCUUUGGAAUUGCCCUUCAUUCAGAAGAGGAACACAAAGAAAGCCACCCAGGAAGGAAGCGCAGAGCUGGGGGCUCUGGAAACUCCGUGUCUCUGGCUGCAGCAAGACCAGCUGAGGAGCCCACCAGUACCUGCCUCUCAGCUGCUUGCUGACCAUUUUCUCCCUCUCACGCUGCAGAGAAGCUCUUCAUUCCCACCCCCACCCAGAACCUCCCCUUGCCUGACAUUUCCCCUCCAUGGUGACAUCUCUGACUUCUCUACCUCCUCUAUGCUCAGGUGACUCCACAUCUUCCUUCUGCCCCAGUGUGUCCCUACCUCUCCCAGCCUGCAUAUUCAGAUUACUUUGGUGAACUGAGA